AGCUCCCAGAGAACCCGGACUCCGCCAUCUUCACGUUGCAAUCUAUAGCUCCCAGUCCGCGCCCGCACCGACCCAGGCGCACUGGGUGAGCCGCCCCGCAGCCCAGCUCCCCCCGGGCCAGCGGCUCCAGGGGAGCGCUGGGGAGCGCUCGCGGGGACCCGGCAGCCUCUCCGGCCGGCGCCAGCCUGCCAGGUGAACUGGGAAGGAGCCGCUCCUGGAGUCCCCCCAGAGCCUCGGAAGGGUCAGUCUCCGAGAAAAAAACAGGCAGCCCGCAGAAAACCCAGAAACCACCGAACCGGGGCAGUUUUACAUUGCUUUGGGUUUUUUGAGGGGGCGGGGUGAGGGGGUACGAGACAAGUCCUCAAGUUUUCUUGGCUUUUUUUCUUUUCUUUUUCUUCUUUUAUUUUUUAUUUGUUUGCAUUUUUCCCCCCUCCCCCCCCCCUUCCUGGUAGAAGUGCGCUUUACACCUACCAGACCCUCAAAGUGUCAGGAGCCGGUGCAAAAUCCGGUUUAAGUUCGAGACAUUUGGAAGUCCAGGAGGCCAAGCAGUUUGAAGAAGUGUAUGCAAUUUUUUUUUUUCCUUGAAAAGAAUAUAUUUUUGAAGAAGCAAGCCAGUCCGCGGCAAGCAGCAGCAGAUUUUUUUUCCUUUCUCCUAUUUUAGAUCGAGAGGUUUUGCUUUUUCUUUUUCCUUCUCUUUUUCUUUUUGCAAAUAAAAGAAAAAACAGCAUAGAAGAAAGCGCAAAAUAAAGAAGAAGAAGAGGAGGAAGAGAGGGCAAGAGAGGAAGGAAAAAAAAAAAAAAAACCAAAACACCAACCCGGGCAGAGGAGGAGGUGCGGCGGCGGCAGCGGCGCGGCGGCAGCGGCGGCGGCUCGGACCCCCUCCCCCGGCUCCCCCCAUCGGUCCAGCUCUCCGGGCGAUGUCAGAAUAGAUGCCGGGGCAAUGUCCCGCCGCAAACAGGGCAACCCGCAGCACUUGUCCCAGAGGGAGAUCAUCACCCCAGAGCCUGAGCAUGUGGAGGCCGCCAUCCUCGAGGAAGACGAGGGUCUGGAGAUAGAGGAGCCCGGCAGCCUGGGGCUGAUGGUGGGUGGCCCCGACCCUGACCUGCUCACCUGUGGACAGUGUCAGAUGAACUUCCCCCUGGGAGACAUCCUGGUUUUUAUAGAGCACAAGAAGAAGCAGUGUGGAGGCAGCCUGGGGGCCUGCUAUGACAAAGGCCUGGACAAGGGCAGCCCUCCGCCCUCCUCGCGCUCUGAGCUCAGGAAAGUGUCUGAGCCGGUGGAGAUCGGGAUCCAGGUGACCCCCGAUGAGGAUGACCACCUGCUGUCACCUACGAAAGGCGUCUGCCCCAAACAGGAGAACCUCGCAGGGCCGUGCAGGCCUGCCCAGCUGCCAGCGAUGGCCCCCAUAGCUGCCACCUCCUCCCACCCUCACCCAUCCGCGAUUACUUCGCCUCUGCGCGCCCUGGGCGCUCUGCCGCCCUGCGUCCCCCUGCCGUGCUGCAGCGCGCUCCCUGUCUCGGGUGACGGGACUCAGGGUGAGGGUCAGACGGAGGCUCCCUUUGGAUGUCAGUGUCAGUUGUCAGGUAAAGAUGAGCCUUCCAGCUACAUUUGCACCACAUGCAAGCAGCCCUUCAACAGCGCGUGGUUCCUGCUGCAGCACGCGCAGAACACGCAUGGCUUCCGCAUCUACCUGGAGCCCGGGCCGGCCAGCAGCUCGCUCACGCCACGGCUCACCAUCCCGCCGCCGCUGGGGCCCGAGGCCGUGGCCCAGUCCCCGCUCAUGAAUUUCCUGGGCGACAGCAACCCCUUCAACCUGCUGCGCAUGACGGGCCCCAUCCUGCGGGACCACCCGGGCUUCGGCGAGGGCCGCCUGCCCGGCACGCCGCCGCUCUUCAGCCCGCCGCCGCGCCACCACCUGGACCCGCACCGCCUCAGCGCCGAGGAGAUGGGGCUCGUCGCCCAGCACCCCAGUGCCUUCGACCGAGUCAUGCGCCUGAACCCCAUGGCCAUUGACUCGCCCGCCAUGGACUUCUCGCGGCGGCUCCGCGAGCUGGCGGGCAACAGCUCCACGCCGCCGCCUGUGUCCCCGGGCCGCGGCAACCCUAUGCACCGGCUCCUGAACCCCUUCCAGCCCAGCCCCAAGUCACCGUUCCUGAGCACGCCGCCGCUGCCGCCCAUGCCCCCCGGUGGCACACCGCCACCGCAGCCGCCGGCCAAGAGCAAGUCGUGUGAGUUCUGCGGCAAGACCUUCAAGUUCCAGAGCAAUCUCAUUGUGCACCGGCGCAGCCACACGGGCGAGAAGCCCUACAAGUGCCAGCUGUGCGACCACGCGUGCUCGCAGGCGAGCAAGCUCAAGCGCCACAUGAAGACGCACAUGCACAAGGCCGGCUCGCUGGCAGGCCGCUCCGACGACGGGCUCUCGGCUGCCAGCUCCCCGGAGCCCGGCACCAGCGAGCUGACCGGUGAGGGCCUCAAGGCGGCCGACGGUGACUUCCGCCACCACGAGAGCGACCCUUCCCUGGGCCAUGAGCCCGAGGAGGAGGACGAAGAGGAGGAGGAGGAGGAGGAGGAGCUGCUGCUGGAGAACGAGAGCCGGCCCGAGUCGAGCUUCAGCAUGGACUCGGAGCUCAGCCGCAACCGGGAGAACGGCGCCGGCGGUGGCGGUGGCGGCGGGGUGGCCGGCGUGCCGGGCGCGGGCGGCGGCGCCGCGGCCAAGGCGCUGGCUGACGAGAAGGCGCUGGUGCUGGGCAAGGUCAUGGAGAACGUGGGCCUGGGCGCGCUGCCGCCAUACGGCGACCUGCUGGCCGACAAGCAGAAGCGCGGCGCCUUCCUGAAGCGCGCGGCCGGCGGUGGCGGGGGUGGCGGGGACCCGGGCGACGACGAUGACGCCGGGGGCUGCGGCGACGCGGGCCCCGGGGGUGCGGUCAACGGGCGCGGCGGCGGCUUCGCGCCGGGCACCGAGCCUUUCCCCGGCCUCUUCCCGCGCAAGCCGGCGCCGCUGCCCAGCCCCGGCCUCAACAGCGCGGCCAAGCGCAUCAAGGUGGAGAAGGACCUAGAGCUGCCGCCUGCCGCGCUCAUCCCGUCGGAGAAUGUGUACUCGCAGUGGCUGGUGGGCUAUGCGGCGUCGAGGCACUUCAUGAAGGACCCCUUCCUGGGCUUCACGGACGCGCGCCAGUCGCCCUUCGCCACGUCGUCCGAGCACUCGUCCGAGAACGGCAGCCUACGCUUCUCCACGCCGCCCGGGGACCUGCUGGACGGCGGGUUGUCGGGCCGCAGCGGCACGGCCAGCGGGGGCAGCACGCCGCAUCUGGGCGGCCCGGGCCCCGGGCGGCCGAGCUCCAAGGAGGGCCGGCGCAGCGACACGUGCGAGUACUGCGGCAAAGUGUUCAAGAACUGCAGCAACCUGACGGUGCACCGACGGAGCCACACCGGCGAGCGGCCUUACAAGUGCGAGCUGUGCAACUACGCGUGCGCGCAGAGCAGCAAGCUCACGCGCCACAUGAAGACGCACGGGCAGAUCGGCAAGGAGGUGUACCGCUGCGACAUCUGCCAAAUGCCCUUCAGCGUCUAUAGCACCCUGGAGAAACACAUGAAAAAGUGGCACGGCGAGCACUUGCUGACUAACGACGUCAAAAUCGAGCAGGCAGAGAGGAGCUAAGUGCGUGUGCGCGUGUGUGUGCGCGCGCGCGCGGGCCCGGGCCCCACCCCGCGCACCUGUACAGUCGCCCCGUCGCCAAGCGAGAGAAUGCUGACCUGACACUUGCCUCCGCGUCACCGCCGCUCGGCGCCCCCCGAGGGUCCCCAGGGCCCAGGGGAGGCGGCCCUGCAACCUAACCUGUGUCUGCGAAGUCCUAUGGAAACCCGAGGGUUGAUUAAGGCAGUAAAAACCAACAACAACAAAAAUAUUGUGGAGCCUUUUAACUGUGCAAUAAUUUCUGUAUUUAUUGGGUUUUGUAAUUUUUUUGGCAUGUGCAGGUACUUUUUAUUGUUAUUCUUUCUGUUGAAAUUCCUUUAAGAGAUUUUGUUGGGUAUCCAUCCCUUCUUUAGUUGUUUUUUUUUUCUUUAACCCAGUAGUAGCCUGAGCGAUGACUCCUGAGCUCUGUAGAGGGGAAGCUAUCUUUUAAAUUAUAAUUUUCGGGGGGGAGGGCGCUGCUUUUUUUGAAAUCUAAGCUAAGCAUGUGUAAUUUCUUGUGAAGAAGCCAACACUUAAAUGACUUUUAAAGUUGUUUACUUUUUUAUUCUUUUUUUUUGUCCUGAAAUAAAAAGUGGCAUGCGUUUUUUUUUUGGGGGGGGGGAGGGGGUGGAUGUACAGCGGAUAACAAUCUUUAAAGUUGUAGCACUUUGUUUCAGAAUUGAAAUGGAGUUGUAGCACUGAUGAUGUCCUGAGUAAGGGAGGCCUUUUCUGUGUUGACUUCAACCUUGCCAUACAUAAGGAAACCUUUGAAUGGUGGGCUUUCCCUCCUCUCCCCCCCAGAUACUCAGCACUGCCAGAGAAACAGGAGUUUUUGAGGACUUUGCCCCAGGAAAUGGCCCAAGAGCGUUCUAAAAUAGUGCAUUCCCAGCAGAUCCCAUCCGUUUCUUGGAAUGUCGGUGUGCCCUGGAAUGCCAUCUCUGCUAUUUGCCAUAGAUUAGAUGAAAUAAAAUAGGCUGAGGGUACUUUGGGGGGUAGAUAGAUGGUGGUGGCCUGCAGUAACACAGAAAGGAAAGAAACCAGCCGUGUUCUUUCAGGCUUCUUCUGGCUUGACAGUUUCUCUCUUUUUAUCACCCUCACCACGGAAAUCCUAAGUCAUACGUUGCUACCAGUGACAACAGACCGUUUCUCAAGCAGACAAGUGUCCUGAUGGUGACUGGAGGGAAGUUAGUAUUCUCUCUGCACACUGAUGACAUUAUACGGAUGGGGUGGGCGGAAUCUUGCCAAUUUCAGUUCCCUUUUACUGCAAAGCGGGAAGAGUUCCAUCCCAAGGUGCCCAGCGCUACUUCCGUUUUUUUUUUUUUUUCUAUCCCAUUAGGUUGGAAGGUACUAAGCAUUGGACUGUUCAGAUUAGACAUUUGAAUUCUGUUGACCCGCACUUUAAAGCUUUUGUUUGCAUUUAAAUUAAAUGGCUUCUCAACAAGAAAUUGCAGCAUCUUCUUCUUUUUGGCCCAGAGGUGGGUUAAACUGCAAGGGAUGGCUGAGAUUGAGUGUCAGUAUUGCUAAGCAUGGCAUUCACAGUACUGGCACUAUAAAGAACAAAAUAAAAUAAUAAUUUAUUGGACAGUGUUUCUACUGCCAUUCAAUUUGAUGUGAGUGCCUUGAAAACUGAUCUUCCUAUUUGAGUCUCUUGAGACAAAUGCAAAACUUUUUUUUUCUUUUGCAAUGAAAAGACUUUUUUAAAAAAAAUAAAAUGAGAAAAGUACAUUUCUUUAGAAACAAAGCCACAUUUACUUUAAAUAAAUUUUCAAAAAUCCUGGUUGAAGACGUGAAAAUGCCAUAAGACCCAAUCAAAUGAAGAAAUAAACCCAGCACAACCCUGGAUAUCCAUUAGCUGAAUUAACCUCAGCCCCUUUUGCCUGUGGGACAACGCUGCUUAGAUGUGGAGUGGAGGUGACUUACUGCUGAAUUAAAACUCAAGUGACACAAGGUACAAGUUGAUAUUGUUGAAUGAAAAAACAAUUCAGGAACAAUGGCUGAUUUUUUUCUAAAGUUAAAUUUAGUGCACUCUGUCUUAAAAAUACGUUUACAGUAUUGGAUACAUACAAGGGUAAAAAAAAAAAUUGUGUGUAUGUGUGUUGGAGCGAUCGUUUUUUUCAAAGUUUGCUUAAUAGGUUCUUAAAAAAAAAUGCCACCGUGGCCGCGUGUAUUUUGCUUUCUUUUGGUGACGGGGUUUUAGUAUAUAUUAUAUAUAUGAAAAUUUCUUGAUUACUGUAAAAGUGGACCAGUAUUUGUAAUAAUCGAGAAUGCCUGGGCAUUUGACAAAACAAGAAAAAAAAAAAAACCCUUUUCUUUUCCUUGAAAAUGUUGCAGUAAAAUUUAAAUGGUGGGUCUAUAAUAAUUUGUUCUUGUCACAGUAACUGUAAAGUCGGAGUUUUAGUAAAUUUCUUUCUGCCUUGGGUGUUGAAUUUUUAUUUCAAAAAAAUGUAUAGAAACUUGUAUUUGGGGAUUAAAAGGGGAUUGCUACACCAUGUAGAAAAAGUAUGUAGAAAAAAAAAGUGCUUAAUAUUGUUAUUGCUUUGCAGAAAAAAACCCCCCACAUUUCUGAUCUGUGCUUAAUUCUCUCCUCCCACCUCCCUCUGGAAUGGAUAUAUUGGUUGGUUCAUAUGAUGUAGGCACUUGCUGUAUUUUUACUGGAGCUUGUAAUUUUUUAACUGUAAGCUUGUCCUUUUAAAGGGAUUUAAUGUACCUUUUUGUUAGUGAAUUUGGAAAUAAAAAGAAAAAAAACAAAAACAAGCAGGCUGCCAUAAUAUAUUUUUUUAAUUUGGCAGGAUAAAAUAUUGCAAAAAAAAAUUUGUAUGUUAAGACCUAUUGUACAGGAGGAAAAAAAAAAAAAGGGUUGUUUGACAACCUUCGAGGAAAAGAAACAAAAGGAAAUAGCUAAAUGCUUUGGUUCACAAAUCAUUUUAGUUGUAUAUAUUUUUGUCAGAAUUGGCCUCUACCAAGGACUGUUCGAAAUAGGGCUUCAGUCUGAGUGCCCUGAACCUUGCAUCAAGGCUCCCUGGUGUGGCCACAGCAGAUCGGAUGGGAAAUUCUUUAUUCGCGUUGAGUGGAGAAAUCAGUUUUUUUGUCAAGAUGUCGGUACCAUUUCACAGAGCCCUCCCUUCUCUUCGAGGCAUCUGUAAAGAUGUCAGACGUGGAGGAGAGAGCGCAGGCCCUCUCUUCACCACCCACCACCACCACCACCUCUCCCACCCUUCAGAGCAGAACGAAACGCAAACCGAGCUUUCUCUAGUCCUUGAGAGAACGUCAAACAAGCAAGCAAAGCAAAACGAAACAAAAUGUGAUCAAGGGAGCUGGCGAAUCAGCCAGGCGCAGGUGACGUGGUCUGCGGCUGGGACCAGCGCAAAUUGAAUUUCAGGAAGGGGUCCCCAUCACAGCCAGGACCUUUUCAUCGUGGAGAGUGGUGGCCUGCUGUCUUUCUUACCUGCUCUGCUGCUUUCUCUCCGGAACCUACAUUCCGUCAGUCUCCAAAUGCCUAGGGCCUGGGACGAAUUCGGUGCCUUUCCGUAGUUCUUUCUCUUUCCUUCCCACGUGUUUCCUCUCCAUCUUCCCACCCCUGUCGGUCCUCGGUGUGCUCAUGUUUAUCUGAUUUAUUUCUCCCUCUCUGUCCCCCCCCCGCCCCCCUUUGUUUUUGUAAAGCCAAGUAGCUUUAAGAUAAUAAAGUGGUGGUUUUUUGGAUGAGGGAAUAAUACGUUUAAAAAAAAUACCUAUAUCAGGAAGCCAUUUUUUAUUUCAGGAACUCUAAGAAACCAUUAUAUUUCAGGUUAUGAAAGUAUAAGCAAGCAUCCUUUUGGGCAAUUUCUUUACCAAAUGCAGAAAUCUCUCUUCUGGGCGCUUUUCUGUUUGAUACGCUUUUCCUCCUUGCCACUUACCUUUGCAAAGUAAAAAGAAGGGGGGAGGAGGCAGAAGAUCAAGCUGAGAUGUUUGUUUCCUACCUGUUUGACCUGAAGCCCCACGGGCUGCCCUUUUCUCUGGGUGCCCUGGGGAGGUCCUUGAGCAGCCUCCAAGGCAAUCCUCCUGUAGUUACAAAAGCUAGCCAGCUCUCACCAGCUUCCGCAAAGUCACCACGAUGCCAGAAUCAAGCCAUCCCAAAGCACAAAGAGUGUGUCUCUGACGACUGCAGAGAAAUGAGCAUUUUUGCUUCCCUUUUUUUGUGUUUAAAAAGCCAACACUGAAGCAGAUGACCCAGUGAGAGAGGCCCCGGGCCCCGGGGGGACCCAGCUGACCCCAGGCCGGUUUUCCACACUGCCACAACUUGGUUCAAAGUUGCCCCCAAUUGGAACCUGCCACUUGCCAUUUGAGGGUCUUUCAUGGGGGAGGAGGAGGAGGAGGCUGACUUCCUCUAAGCAAAAAUGUGAAAAGUAGGGAAGUCAGCCUUUCGUUCCGGUCCUAAGUGACGGUCAAGGAUUUUCGUGGAACACAGGCAAACCCAUGAAUUUUGGUGCUCCUUGUAUCAGCUCUGCGAAGCAAAGUUACAUUGAGUCAAAUUGCUUGCAUUUGUACUGGCAAGGCGAAAUAUUUUUAUUACCUUUUCUAUUACUUAUUGUAUGAGCUUUUGUUGUUUACUUGGAGGUUCUGUCUUUUACUACAAGUUUGGAACUAUUUAUUAUUGCUUGGUAUUUGUGCUCUGUUUAAGAAACGGGCACUUUUUUUUUUAUUAUGGAUACAAUGUUGAGAUGACAGGAGGUCAUUUCAAUAUGGCUUAGUAAAAUAUUUAUUGUUCCUUUUAUUCUCUGUACAAGAUUUUGGGCCUCUUUUUUUCCCCUUAAUGUCACAAUGUUCAGUUCAGCAUGUGUCUGCCAUUUCAUUUGUACGCUUGUUCAAAACCAAGUUUGUUCUGGUUUCAAGUUAUGAAAAUAAAUUGGACAUUUAACUUGA